CAUACACAGUGAUAGAGUGAAAGGAGGAGGGUUGAGAGAGAUAAAGGGCAUCCUCUCACAUCUAUCAGGGACUUAGACACUAUCCUGAGGGAAGUGAAGUGAUCAACAGCUUCUACACACCAUCUCUUACACCAGUGUCCCUCUGUUACCCCAGCCUGGUUUGGACCAGGGAUAUUCCCUCUGGAGUACACCUAUAAUAGACACUGAACUUCAAAACCUCUGGACAACCCACUCUGGCUACCUCUACCUGGAACCCUCACCAGUGUGGAACUUGUCCUGCUCAUCCAGUGGAAAUACCCACUGUAACUGGUCUACUAGGACUUUUUCAGGUCUACUCAUCUGAGGUUUCCUCACUAAAACAACCCUUGGGAUAUCCAGAAAGUACGACUCAAAAAAAUCUUAUUUCUUUGAAUUGGACUGGACAUAUCAUCUAAUAUUAUGGGACAUAUCCUAAAAAGAGGAGAAACUAAACAUUGCAAUGGGGCCUGCUGCUGUAAUGAUGACUAGUCUUCUGUGAACUAUGGAGAAGUCUGGUCCGAUGCUGGCUUCUACUCCCAAUCGCACAGGGGCCAACCUCACAACCAGCCUAUGGGGACCCAACCCCACAGUUCCUGCAGAGGUGGGAGUGGUCACCGGCUCCCAGUCUCAGAUCAAGGAUCUGAUUGGGCUGUUUGCAAUGGUGACCCUUAACCUCAUCGCCCUAUUGGCUAACACUGGAGUCAUGGUGGCCAUAGCCCGUGCCCCUCACCUGAAGAGGUUUGCCUUUGUGUGCCACCUGUGUGCAGUGGACCUGCUGUGUGCCAUCCUCCUCAUGCCUCUGGGCAUCAUCUCUAACUCGCCCUUCUUCGGCACUGUGGUGUUCACCGUGCUGGAGUGCCAGGUCUACAUCUUCCUCAACGUGUUCCUCAUCUGUGCCUCCAUCCUCACCAUCACCGCCAUCAGUGUGGAGCGUUACUACUACAUCGUCCAUCCUAUGCGCUACGAGGUGAAGAUGAGCAUCAACCUGGCCAUUGGCGUCAUGCUCUUCAUCUGGGUAAAGUCCAUCCUGCUGGCCCUGGUCACCCUGUUUGGCUGGCCUGCCUACGGGGCCCACAGCUCCAUCGCUGCCAACCACUGCUCCCUCCACUGGAGCCACAGUCGGCUGAGGAAGGUGUUCGCUGUGCUCUUCAGCGUGAUGUGUUUCCUGCUACCCGCCGUGGUCAUCUUCGCAGUCUACUGUAACGUGUACAAGGUUGCACGCUCGGCCGCCCUGCAGCACACACCCACACCUACCACAUGGGCCUCGUCCAACCCGGCCAAACGUCCCAACCGUUCUGACUCCAUCAACAGCCAGACAACCAUCAUCACAACCACCCGCAGCCUGCCCCAGAGACUAUCCCCUGAGAUGGCCUUCAGCGGGGGUAAGGCUGCCCUCACCCUGGUGAUCAUUGUGGGUCAGUUCCUGCUCUGCUGGCUGCCUUACUUCUCCUUCCACUUGCACCUGUCCUUCAGCUCAUCCCUGCAGAGCCCCGGAGAUGUGGAGGAGGCUGUUACCUGGCUGGCCUACUCCUCCUUCGCUGUCAACCCUUUCUUCUAUGGCCUGCUCAACAGGCAAAUCAGGGAGGAGCUGGUCAAGUUCCGGCGCUGCUGCUCCUCCAGGCCGGUGGAGCUGGGUACCUCCAGCCACGAGGGCUCCCUGCAGGAGAACUUCCUCCAGUUCAUUCAGAGGUCCAGCAACACGGCCGACACGCGCUCCAGCGGCGCCAACUCCAGCCCCAGGAACACUCUGGACCAGGGGGUCAGGAUCCCUGGACAGAUACCAGAGGAGCAUGGCUGAACACAAUGGACAACUCACUUCAAUAUGGACUAUUAAUUUUGACAGCCCUCUAUCCUCGUAGCACCCAGAGUUUGUGACCUGACCAAGACAAACUCUGGGGCCUAGUUAACGUCAAAAUGGCCCUGUGGUUUUUCUGAUCCGGUUACAUGCUCAGACAAAAUACUAUACUUCAUGUAUGCCUCUGAGUAAGGGCUUAUUAUUUAUUGGUAUAAUGGGAUUUAUUCAGGUAAUGUCUCCAACACAAGAUCAUAGUGUUGUUGUUUUAAUGAGAAAUAUAAAAUGAUUGUUACAGAAUUUCAUUGACAUUACCCUUUACUGUUGUUUCAUUACAAAACUUUAUGUAAAAAUGUAUGAUUAUUUGAUGAUUAGUUUGCAUGAAUUCUAUGUUCUGAAAUAACAUUUAUUUGAGUUUACUGAUGUUUCCAAUGAACAGUGAGGAAUGCUGUAGGAAUACUGAUAUUUUCACCUUUUACAGCGGCCAUGUAAAGGUUCUUAUUAACGUUCUAUCGAUAACACAUUAUUUAAAUAAAGUGACAAGCAUCGGUACAAUAGUUACAAAAUCAAUUCAUCUUUUCUAAUAAUUCUAUCCAUUUUACAGUGAAAAACAAUGUGUCAUGUGUAAGUAUAUACAGUUGAAGUCGGAAGUUUACAUACACUUAGGUUGGAGUCAUUAAAACUCCUUUUCAACCACUCUA